AUGGAUAUGGGCGGAGGAACAUGUAUGACCACACAAAAUUAUGAACCAGAAUUAAAGGAAAAAUACGGAAAUCCCGAGCCACCGUCUUCGGGUGUUCUGUUAACUACACAGGUGUUUAAUCCCUUUGACCCAAAUUUCAAAUACAACCGGAGGAGUUCUAGAGAAAAAGAACAUUCUGAAAAUGAGCCAUUGCCUAAUGAUUUGCAAGAUUUGCUUGUCUCGUCAGCUGUUAAAGAUGCAAGCCAUUUCGAAUGCUUAAAUGGUAAAGAGGUUGAAGAAAUUAAAAAGAAAAUCAAAGUGAUUCGAGGAAACUUGGAUAUGUCAGUAAAAAAACUUGCAGUGGAAGCCAAAAUUCGCGAAGCUGCCAAAAAUCUGAUGCUUGCGCAAACUAAGGAAAAAAAGGGUAAACACAAACAAAGCACCGUUGAGCAUUAUGAACAGUGCUCUAGAAAGGUACGAGAGCUUUCAUCAAAAAUAUGGGUAGUUGAAAGAAAACUGUCAGAGCUCUACUUCUUCUUACUUAAGCAUAUGGUUGCUGUUUGUAUUCGUGAGAUUAGGAAACAGCCAAAAAACAGUGAACAACAAAGCGAUCCGAAUGUGGUAUCCCAGAAAAGCGAGAAUGAUGAAAAGAAACUAGAGGAGGAAGAGGAAGAAGUAAUGAACCAUGAAGAAAUACAACAACUUGUUGAACGUAUGGAAUGGAUGCUUGAAACAGUCCAUUCCAUGGGUUCAUCUGUGCAUGAGCCUUCCGUGGUGAAUGUUGUUGACAUGACUGCUGGAGAGAAACUAUUAGAACAAAUAAGACAUCUUGAGAUUUUAUUAAAAGGAAUGCGCGAAAAGAAGCUCGAGGAAGAAGCAGAUGCGAAAGACAUUGCUCCCCGUUCUAUACUAAAUUUUUGGAAAGCAUUGAACCGUUUGUUUCAACAGGAGAUUGAACAGAGGGACUUGCAACUAGACUCCUCCUAUGAUUUAGAACAAGUGCAAAUGCAUUUAAAGCCCAACUUUGAUAUUGAGUCUUUUGCUGUCUUGCUUAAUAGUUUGUUAACAAAAUAUCAAAGAGUUAAACAACUUCAUACUACCAACCAAGAUUUAUUGGAUAUUACUAAAAGGGACAAUGUCAAGAAGCUCGGUGAACUUGGAAAAGUUGUCGAUGCUCAAAAUGAACAGGUUGAAUUUCUCCAAAUGGAACUUGAAAAAGUUGGACAUACUUCCGAGGACCUCUCAAAGGAAAAUAUCGUUCCUGGAUCCGUUCCUGAAUCCAACGGCACCAACGGUGUUUUGAAGGAAGAUAACAAGCAGAUUCCACCCUUUGAGGUUAUAAAAAAUCUCCAUUCCCAGUGCUCUUUGCUGUACGGCGAGAAGUAUGAAAUACAACAAAACUCGUUACUACUUGAAUCCAGAAUAACUGAAUUAGAGAACGAAAAGAAAGCGAACAAACUUCUGGAGAAGGAUCUUCUUGCACAAAUCUCCCAGUUAAGGUUAGACUAUGAGCAACAAAAAGAGUCUAAUGAGUUCACAAAGAAAUUGAUAAACAAUUUGCGUGACGAACGAACUGCCAUGCAAGCAGAACUUAGUGUUGUAAAAGCGAUGAACACUCAAGCAGGAGCAUCAAAAGAACCUUUCGAAGGAGAAACGCAAAAACAUUUGGAUGUUCUAACAAAAGAGAACGAAUUAUUGCAUUCUCGUGUAAAUACUUUGGAAUUGGAGAAAGAACAUCAGGAAAGAAACCGGGAUACUGUAAACACUCUUACUCUCAAACAACUUCAAGUUGAAGAAUUGUUCGCCAACUUGGAUUCUGAUAAGAAGAUGGACUUUGGACUUAUUGACUUUCGUUCACCACAGAGUGACGCUGGAAAGGAAAAGGAUGUUCAUGAUGUUGAUACUGGUUUUAUUUCAGCAUCUGAUUUCCCCGAUAAGGAGGAGAAGAAUGAACACAAUAAGUUGGAUCCUCUAAAUGAAGAAACGGAAAAUCGGGCAUUUAUAAAUCAACAACUACCCAGUAACAAAGAUGUCCAUGAAGAAGAAAUUAAUCCUCCAUCUGCUUCAGAAAAAUACUUAGAAUCAGAAACUGCAACCAACGCCGAAUAA